GAGAGAACGAGGGAAGCUUCCAUCGCUUUGGCUCAAGUUCUCCCAAUAUCACCCAGUUCCGUCUAUUAAUAACAAGACUGAUAACGGUGUUUCAAAAAUGAUCAUCCCAGUCCGCUGUUUCACCUGCGGGAAGAUUGUGGGUAACAAGUGGGAGGCAUACCUCGGCCUGCUUCAGGCUGAGUACACUGAAGGAGAUGCUCUUGAUGCCCUGGGCCUGAAGAGAUACUGCUGUCGGAGGAUGCUGCUAUCUCACGUGGAUCUUAUUGAGAAAUUGCUGAAUUAUGCCCCUCUGGAAAAGUGAUUUGAACUGACCAACUUCAAGAACCACAUAGACUUUGUGAGGCUGUUGCACUGACAGACUGUACAAUUUUGAAUUGACAGUGCAAGAGUGAGAUGGUGUCCGUAGUGAAGACUUUUGUGACAUUAAUGUGUGCUUGAUGCAUUUUUUUCUAAAUAAAGCUGUUCAAUGACAGUAUCACCUGCAUUGCUGGCUUAUCUAAUUACAGUAAUAAUUUUA